GAAAAAAGGGUCCAGUAAAAGCCCACCACUGAACAGAGCAACAUCUUGACAGCCACCGGUAGUCUAAUGACGAUGCCCGACGCGGCGCUCCUGACGGACUUGUGCAGCAUUUGUUAUGAGAAUACACCCAAGUAUCGCUGUCCGAGAUGCCAGACCAAGACAUGCUCUCUCCCGUGUACGCAAAAGCACAAGCAACGUGCCGCCUGCAACGGCGUUCGGGACCCAGCCGAAUACCUGAAGAGAUCGCAAUGGGCAACGCCUGCUGGUAUAGAUCGAGACUACAACUACCUCAAGGGCGUGGAGCGAAGUAUUGAUGUGGCGAAUCGAGAGCGCGAAGAGCGCGGCGUGGAUGUUGUCGGCAGAGCUGCCACCAAGUCACUAGCACAGGCACGACAUCCUGACAGCGCUUUGCGCAAGUAUUAUGUCGAGAAUCGCAUUGAUAUCCGUCAAGCUCCAAAUGGCAUGUCCCGGCAAAAGGCCAAUCAGACACGAUACACCAAGCGACACCUGAUCUUGUGGACGGUGGAAUGGAUCGAUUCCGAUGGGAACAAGGACAUAUCCGAUAGCUGCCGGCACAACAGUACGAUCGUCGAUCUCUAUGCGCUCAAACAAAUAGAGCAGUCCAACGCCAUGAAACGCAAGCCAGGCGAAACGCCUCGUGAUGCCUCGAAGCGCAGACGAAAGGCCAAACAGGCAGCAUCCAAGGAGGCAUCAACAGCAGAGGAACCAGAGGCCGUCCCAGACGCCAUCGAAACGACUACAGGUUCCGAAAUCUUACCGGCUGGUGACUCUCCUCAUCAGGAUGCCGAUGAACAUCAAGUUCCGACAGAAAGUAAAAGCGACACAAGCUCCACCCAGCCGAGCCUGCAAGGACCAGCCACGAUCGCAGAAUCGCGCGAAAACGAAGAAACCGUUGAUCCUUGUCUACAUUUCUAUCUGCUGAAACCAGGAACAACCUCGAAAGAGAAAGUCCUGAUUUCUCUCAAUAGACAGGCUACUCUCACAAGUUGUCUUCGGGACCGAACCGUGCUAGAAUUUCCGACCAUUUACGUGUUGCCGCAUGAGCCCACGUCGCUCCCACCAGAAUACAUGCUGGAGAGCACAUAUUUGCAGCUCCAGAAAAGUGAAAAACAGGAGUUGAGGGAAGCUGUAGCGAGCGCUGAAGAAAAGGGUGCUUUCCAGCGUGUGAGAAGCGCUCAAGCACAAGCUUCUUCUGCCAGACCAAGUGUGCCUUUGGAUGCGAAUAGCAUUCUCAAUGUGUUGAAGCGAGAUAUGACUAGACAAUAGACUGAGAAAGAAAUAUGGAUUUGUUCCGUAGAUGAAUAGCAG